ACGUCAGCACUGAUUUGUGUUAUGUGACAAAUAGACAGCUUUUUUAAAAAUCGGUUGUGAUCUUCUAAUAUUUGAGUUGCAAUUGAGUUGAAUGACUUUAAAAGUAUUUUUCUUAAUUUCACGGGAGUGCCCCGUACUGUGAAGUGAACUGAAAUGUUUCAAAUUUUUUAUAAUAUUUGAGUGAAAGGACUAAGGAUAUUGUAAAAACGGUGUAAAAAUGGCAGCAUCGCACAUUCUAAGCGCAGUCGAGCCUACAGUGGGCGGCGGAGGGUCGCGCGGCGGACGUGAAAGGGAAGUCAAUAUUGCCCUUGAUGACCGCGAACUUUGGGUCCGCUUUCAGACGCUCACCAACGAAAUGAUUGUCACUAAGAAUGGAAGACGGAUGUUCCCAGUUGUAAAAGUAACUGCCAGUGGGUUGGACCCGACGGCAAUGUACACUGUUCUUCUUGAAUUUGUGCAAGUCGACACUCACCGCUGGAAAUACGUUAACGGCGAGUGGGUUCCCGGAGGAAAAGCAGAAGUACCGCCGUCAAAUGCUAUCUACAUACAUCCGGAAAGCCCUAAUUUUGGGGCGCAUUGGAUGAAAGAACCGAUAUCUUUUGCCAAGGUGAAACUAACAAACAAAACCAAUGGAAAUGGACAGAUAAUGUUGAAUUCCCUUCACAAGUAUGAGCCUAGAGUUCACUUAGUAAAAGUAGGCACUGAUCUCCGUCGUAUUAUGACCUAUCCGUUUCCCGAGACACAGUUUAUAGCAGUAACCGCAUACCAAAACGAGGAAGUUACUUCACUGAAAAUCAAGUAUAAUCCUUUCGCAAAGGCCUUUCUGGAUGCGAAAGAGAGGCCCGAGGGAUAUUAUCAGAGAGAUUUCGUUGGGACGCAUUAUCCGCAGCAAAGUUCAUCACCACAUCAAUAUCCACAGUUUGGUGGUUGGUUUGUUACGUCUCAGUCACUUUAUGGAAGCAGCAAUUCUUCCUCAAGAAGGCCAGCGCCCUACCCACCGCGACCGCCAUCAAGACCCCGAACCUUGUCACCACCAUCGACGUAUAGCAAUGUGGAGCGGUCAUCAGCAGCGGCAGCAAAUGGAAGCGGUAGCUACACAUGGGCGGCCAGCAGUGGAUACUGGAGCGCAGCUCAAGGAAGCAGUUCCCCACAACCAAACGCUUCGCCGGCUCCAUACCGCACGCCGCCGCACGCGUACCCUGCCCCCAUCGAGUACGCGCCUUCCACUCCCACGAGCACCUCAGCACCAGCACCUGCGCCGCUGUACCCCUUACAAUACGAAGCCCCGGCCCAACACCAUUCACCGUACUACCAACAUGCGUACGCGCCCUACGCUCAUCACGCGAUUGAAGAUAUCUCGUACUGGCCAAAUGGGUUAAAUAGUUACGGUUAUCAGCCAUCGGAGUACGUGGGUACUGGCGAUGUGUCAUACAGCGCUGAGAGCAUACCAUUCGGCUCAAACGGACCUCCAUUAGAAGGUGCUUCGGCUAAUCAAGAUGACCGAACUACUCCAUCAGGUUCUGAACACCAAUCUGGCGAUAGAGAGUACAAGUUUAGUGCCGAAGAAGAACGCCACUCUCCCUGCGAAGAGACACUUUCACAGCGUUCACCAACUCAGUGACUACUAUAAAUGUAUUUAGACAAAAUUGCUAGACCAUAUACAAGAGUAUAGAAAGAAAAAUAAAUUUAUAUAUGUAUUACGUAUGGCGCUAAAUAAAUAGGUAAUAAAGAUUAGAUAAUUAAUUCCCGACAAUUUCUAAAAACCGUGUUGAAAUUUGACAUAAUAGGUCAUGUUAUGUAAUUGUAAUUUAGAAUUCUAUAGUAUUUUUUAAAUAUUGUAAAAUAUGUUUUAAUAAUUCGUUGUAAGAGCCACGUGAGCGUUGAAGUCUUUUCGAACAAUAAUGGUUUUCUAGAAGAACCAAACACAAACUAUCUAUUUGCUUUAUUUAAACAAAACUUUAUUAGCGUGUGGAGGAAUCUGAACUUGUGAAAGAGUUUGCGUUGAAAAUGCCUGUUAGCUAACACUUGUCUUGAAGGUACCGUAUUUAUACGUGGCAAGAAACACAUAUGUAGUGUAGUGAGCUCCACAAGUACGCAUAAAAAGUAAUAAAAAAAACUGUAAAUUAAAAAAACGUAUACAGAUGUGCAGUGGACAAAAAUGGUCCGAACAGUCCCAAUUUCCUUAUUCAAGUUAGUACUGAGAACUUCUUGACAGAAAAACAUUUAAAGGAUCACGAUAACAAGAAAACUAUUCAGAUCGCACGAUUUCAGUUUGCAGGCUGGAACAUGUUUUUCCACACAAGGCCUUUUCGGAGAUGUUUGCUAAUGUACAAAUGUAUACUAUACAUAAAAAAAACUAGCCUUAGUCCCGCACCAAGUGUUCAGAAUAAAGUUUGUAUAUUGCUGAGCUAUAAAAGAUAUGCUCAAGAGAGUCUAUUUUAUUUUCUCGGUAAAGUUUACAUAAAUUAGUAUAAAUUCUUAUUACUAGCCCAUGGUUGUCACGAUGAAUCUAAAAAUAU